GCUGACGUGUUUUGGGAGAUUAUCAAUUAAGGAGCGAGCAGAGAUGUACCUGACUAAUGGUCCCAGUGGGGGCGAGCAGGCAAACGGACAAAACGGGCAGCCUUACGCUAACGGAAGGUCGCUAAGCGGGGGAGCGAACCAAUACGGAGGAGGCCAGAGCUAUCUCGGUAAUGGAGGUGGACGUGGCGGCAACAACGGAUGUUUUAAUUGCGGAAAACCGGGGCACUUCGCCCGCGAUUGCUGGUCAGCAAGGAGGGAGAGGGGAUUUGCCCCCCAACAAGGUGACCCCAAACUCGACGAGAUGAAAGAGCACUUUAGGCAGAUCAUGAGAGAACGUCUGGAGAUAGAGGAGAAACGGCGACUAGAGGAGGAACGCAAGGCGAAAGAGGAAGAGGAGGUGAGGAGGAAUCAAGAUUUCGCCAGGAAAGCGGAAGAGUUCAAGCUGCAACUACGCGCCGAACUCAUGGAAGAAUGGAGGAGGACGAAAGAUGAAGCGACAACGGCGAUGGAGAAGACGAAGAAACCUGGGAAGAUUAAGACUCCGACAAGAGGUGCAAAGGGUAAACGCAAGGGCAAACAGCAGAAGAGGAGAAGAAAGAAGGAAAGGGAAACUACCGACGAAGACACGGAGGAGGCGAACGACACGGACGAAGUGUCUACGGAUUCCACUAAUUCAGAAUCAGACUCGGAGCCACGGCAGGCGAGAAGAAAGGCAAGGAGAGAACGGCAGAAGAAGAGACCCAGAAGCAAACGAUCAAGUACGAAGGGCAAGGGAAGAACGGGAGAUACCCCGACCAAGGUGUACGAACGAGGAGAAUGUUCGAGGCAACGGAAAACGGGACAGUCGGAUGGGAGUAUGCAGGAUGCUGCAGAGGAGGCGGACGAACCUAUGACACCACUAACUGGUGGUUUCAAAGGUUUGUCCGCGGGAUGUUCACAGAGAGGGCUGAUAGAUUACUGCAUAUCUGCCCAUAAGAUCUACUCCGCCAAGAAGGCGGAUACAUUAAAAAAGAUCUGUGAGAAGAAGGGUAUAAAGUAUACGAAAAAACCUGAAGUUGUGGAGAUGCUUGCCAGGCAACAAGUCCAACUGGCGUACGAAGGUUUUGAAGACGAACUGGAGACAUGGAGGUCCAAUGGGAAGACGAAAGCUUCUGGAUCUCCGCCGGAGGUGUUCACGAAGGAUAGGACUACAUCGAUCUCGAGAAAAGAGAGAAAUCCGGUAAGGGUAGGAAGAGGAGGGGUAGAAGGGAGAGGAGAGGACGGUCGAGGCAACUCCGUACGGGAAACUACGCUAGUGCACAAGGGAGUAGCAUACGCCUCAAUAGGCGAUUGGUUAGCGAAGAAUAGCGACCAGAGAGAUACCAAGGUGGAAUUCUCGAGCGGCCAAGUAUGGAUGGAAGGGUGGAGGAGAUUGAGACGAAGAUUUGGGGACUCGAAUAUUGAAGUCUGUGGAGAGAGGACACUACUGCGGCACGCUAAGGCAAAGCUGCAACAGGGAGGCGAGGUGAUUCUAAAGCGAAUCGUGAGGGCAAAGACGACAACUGAACGGAACAGGGCCAUGCUCACUGCUCUUUUGAGAAGACCAAGACCGGAUACUCAGAUGAUCAAGCUCCCGACCAAAAAGCUGAUUGGGCUGUACAGAACUUCUGAGUUCUUUUCGGAGAAACGGACAAAGCAUCGGCUACGUACCAAGCUGGACAGAAUCAUCGCCCAAAAGACCGGUGUUAGUGUGAGGAAGCAGGUGAACAUAAAGUUGUUUUUUGAUUCAUGGAUACAUAAAGUCGGGGUCAGGGAGACGACCGAGAAUCUGGUGACUGACCUGGUGAAGGAUAAACCGCUGGCUGAUUUCGUGAAGAUCCGGAUUCGAGUACUAUGGCUACGCAACAAGAACGUUGGGGAGCUGAUACAUAAUCAAAAGAGGUAUGCAAGCGUAGAUGAACAUCCUUGUCCGUGUGGGGGCAGGGCACUUCCGAAGAUGGAUGGCCACAUUCUCAUUAGAUUUUCAGAUCUGGAGGUUCCGGACUUUGUCCAAAACUCGAAGAAUGUGACAAGACCAGUGAAGGCAGGUGAGAUACAAACGAUUGCUAAGGCUAUCUUCGAAGCGGUUCGGCAUCUUAAGUGCGAAAAACUACCACAUGUUGAACCUAGCGUGGUGUUGACUGAGCUAUCUGUCGGGACUGCAGAUUGGACGAACGAAGACGUAAGAACUUGGAGGAGGCACUUCGACGGUCUUGUACUUACGCCGAUUGAUAGAAACCAAGGGAACACGGCGGUAAUAUGCCCGGUGCUUUAUAGGCAUGGCUUCGGCAAGACCUUCUCUUGGAACGCGAACUACGAAUUUGUGGGAACUCUAGACACCGAGGAGACGAUUCUUAGAGGAAGCAGGGUAGACUAUCAGAGGAGCGGGAUCACCCAGAUUGGUAACUGGAGACCGGAUGGACACCUGGGAACUGCCUAUGUUAUACCGAAGCACAAAGAUAUCACACGCUGGAGACCUAUUGCACCGGCGUCAGCCGACCCAGUGGGACUGGGACAACGAAGGAUAGCUAGAGCACUACAUACAUGCCUGAAGAGAUUACCAACGAACUGUACCUUCUAUAUGAAUUCCAUAGCGGAAUUACUAGAGAAGCUGGAGGCGAUGACACAACGUUUCAAAGCGGCAGGAUGCGAAAUAACGGUCGGACGCUGCUACGACAUCAAAGAGAUGUUUACCAGAAUACCACAUGGAGCAGUGGAACAAGUCAUUCAUCAACUGCUGAGGAUCUACGAGGACAAAGGUUGCAAGCAAAUCAGGGUAUCACGACGGGGGAAAUUGUGCAUCAUCGGCAAUAACAAGGGGAAGAUGGAUGGAUAUGUAGGCAUGAGUUUGAAAUUGGUGAUGGAAGGAGCUCGAUAUGACCUCCGGCAUGCUGUGGUGAGAUGUGGUGACAAGCUGGUGAAGCAGGUCUUCGGUAUACCAAUGGGGAAGUCAACUAGCCCUAUUCUUGCUUCGAUUACCUUCGCGAUGGGGGAGCUCCGAUUCAUCCAGGAACUCGGCUCUGAUAGGAGACUGAUUGGGGGAUGGCGGGUGAUAGACGAUAUCACUAUCAUAGCUGGGAUUCCGGGAAAUACUAACAAUGGGGAUUAUCCCAAUAACCUCUUUGAUGCGUUUGAGGAGAACUAUGACCGGAACCUGGAGAUCAUUCGUAAGGACGAAUGUGGGAUAACUUGGCAUUUCGUAGGAAGAACGAUGAUGAUCUGUAAUGAACCACUACAUAUCCAUUAUAUACCGAGCACUAAGAACACCGAAUCUUUGCACGAAACUGGAAAAUUGAUUUUCCAGACGAUGCAGGAUUUUUACUCGUAUACAGCCAAAAGCGUGAAGAAGGCUGUGUUAACCACCAUUCUGAAGAGACUUUGGAAUCACACCACGAACAAGGAAUUGGUCAUUGGGGCAAUUGGAUAUGCCAUUUGCGAAGCUGACCUCCGGGAAUACCCCCCGGAGGUCUCUCUCGGAGCCUUGGCCGAGUUGGCCAAGGCUGUGCCAAACCGAGCACUGCGGUGUCUAUUAGCAGCUAUGACGUGCACUGCAGGAUGGAUGAAGCGACGGAGGAAAGGUAAGUUUUGAACGGAAGGACGAUGAUCGCUAGCCGAGUAGCCAGCACC